AUCGGAGCCAUAGUGAUAAUCGUGCAACGAUAAAGAGCGACCCGGCUCAAAUUUAUUGAGGCUCGACGCCUCGCCGAUAAACUUGCUUUUAUCUGGAGAAGAGAAAAAGUGGUUGCGUUAGUUCGCGAGGAUACUAAUCGCUGAUUACCGUGCCCCCUCUCCAACAGUCGACUGAUUGUGCCCCCUAAGAGCCACGCGCUCGAUACACCGAGCUCGAGCCGUACACCGAGCGCGCCACGAUUGAGAAAAAGAGAGAAAGAGAGAGAAAGAGAGAGAGAGCAUCGAUCCGACUCUCGAUCCAAUCGGUCGCGGUUCUCGCCGAGAGGACUUUCACUCGGCGUCCGUUGAUCGGCCGAAGCGGCGAACGAGCGGGCGAAGCGGAAGGCAGAGAGAAGAGGCGCGAGGUGAAACUCCGUCCCUCUCCGCCUCUGGUCCCGGGUUGACUGACCUCGAUAGCGAAAGAAAGGAGGUGGCGGUGUUCCGCGGGAAGCGAAGAAGGAGCGGGUUAACGGCGACGACGGCGACCACGGCGACGACGGCCGCGACAACGACGACGUGCGCGACGAGGAGUGGCCGAGAAGAAGAAGAGCAAAUUGGUGCUCCCGGUAGCAGGGGCCCAUGAGCGGAAUGGAGGAGAAGCUGCGCGGCGUGACGAAGCGCGGGAGCAGGCACGGUCCCCGUGCAGCGGGGCCAGCCGCCUCCGAUUGGCCGGCCGCGUCUGGGUCCGGUGGUGGGGGAAGGGGCCAGGCUACCCCCUCCAGCUCGCAGCCAGCCGCGUACAACCGCGAGAGCCCGGGCAGGCGGCAGUCCUCGCGGGACGGCGUCGAGCCGACGGGCCAACAGGCCCCACCCGAACACGGCGAGCUCCUUUUCAAGGUGAUGCUACUAGGCGACAGCGGAGUCGGGAAAACCUGUCUUCUGACGCGGUUCAGAGACGGAAGAUUCCUGUCUGGCAACUAUAUAACCACCGUCGGCAUUGAUUUUAGGAACAAAGUGGUCGUCGUUGACGAUACGUCUAUCAAGCUUCAAAUAUGGGACACGGCCGGACAAGAGAGAUUUCGAAGCGUGACGCAUGCCUAUUACAGAGAUGCUCAUGCUCUUUUAUUGCUGUACGACGUGACGAACAAGACGAGUUACGAUAACAUCAGAGCCUGGUUGAGUGAAAUUCGGGAACACGCGAACGAGGAUGUGGUCAUCAUGCUAUUGGGUAACAAGUCGGACUGCGGAACUGAACGAGUGGUGAAGAGGGAAGACGGUGAACGGUUAGCGCAAGAGUACAAAGUUCCCUUUAUGGAAACCUCAGCUAAAACCGGCCUGAACGUUGAAUUGGCCUUCUUGGCCGUUGCUAGAGAAUUGAAGGCGAGGAAAAGCAACGACCCAGACGAUACGAAAUUCAACGUGCAGGACUACGUUCGUCAACAAUCGCAACGAAAUUCAUGCUUCAAUUCUAAUUGUCUGACUACCUGAACUGCGCAAUAACCCUGCGCGUACAUUUUCCUACAAUAGAUCGAGACGAAUGGUGGAACAUGAACCGGAACUGGUCAUAAAAAUGGCGCGAAACUAUUUUGAUCGUUCAAAUAUUCGUCUCCGUGAUUCAGAGUGGAAAUCGUUGAAACGUUACAGAUUUACAAGAAAGAUGCAUUUUUCUGUGAACUUGCACAAUUUAUUUGUCACAAUUUUUUUAUUUAAACAAACUGAUUUUCUAUAAUACUUCGUAGAAUUAUUAUAUACAAGAAGUUAUUUAAAAUCUCGAAUCUUAAUCGUCGAAAAAUCUCAAAAGGAAUGAAAAUACGUUUUUGUUCCACCAGAAAAGUAUAUUUGUUAAAGGAUAAAGGAACAUUAUAGACGAAUAGGAUGUCAGUAUUUUUGAAAGAAACCGAUAGGAAACUCUUGUUGAUGAUACGUAUAUAGAAAUCUAUUUAUCGAUGGUUAAUUCUGUACUGUACAUUAAUGUGAAUAGUUAACGCGAAACAAAAAUCUGCAAUAUAUAACAUAGAUAUAGGGAAUCUCUUCAUGGUUCUAAUUUGCACUAAUUGUAUAUGAUCGUUACGAUGUUAGAAAAAAGUGAAAAAAAAA